ACGUUAUCGAGCGAUAAUCAGAGUCUAUUGAUAACUUGACCAACGACUGCAUUACGAAAAUAGUGUUCGCAUCUCGUACCGACGCUCGACGUCGUGUAUGGGAAAUUCCCAUUAUAUAUGUACACACUAGUCUACACACUAUAUAGUAUAUUUUAUUACACAACACCAAUUUUAGAAAACUGAAAAAGAAUGAAAAAUAUUUAGACAGAGCUUUUUUUUUUUUUUUAAGUUGAUGGUCUGGUGUGGACCCUGUUGUGGUGCGAGCCCAUAGGCUACAGCCUUUAUAGCCUACGCUUAAAUCCGGCCCUGUUUGUGGUAAGAGUAAAGGUAAUUUAAACCAGACCAAUUGGCUCAGACACCAGAAUGCAUGUAGAAUCUAUAUGUAAAAUCUACCAGUACAACGUCAAGCAACAUAAAAAAAUUCUUUUCGACGACAAAAGUAUUCUCCACAACAAAUCUGGAACAAAAUUAAGACAAAUCAAAUGAAUAUGAUGAAACUAGUAAUGUUGGUUUAUCAAGUACUUCAUAUAAUUUUUUGUUUUAAAAAUGAUGCAUUAUCAACAUAUAGUGAAAAAUCAAAUGUUCAACCGUCUACUUCAACUGCUGACUUUAAUCAAUGUGCUAUUGAUGUAGAAUUAAAAAAUUAUCCUAUCCAAUUUGUUAAAAUGAGCUUCAUUACUCCUGAACAAAAGAAUUAUAUUUUAGAGUUAGACCCAUGCCAACCUUUACCUGAAGAUAUUCCUGGAAAAAUGUAUCCUAAAGAUAAAUAUGGACGUCACUUCAAUUACUUGUGGUAUUACAGAACUAUUCCUGAUAGUAGUAAAGUUAUUCAUGAUUGGUUAUCCUACUCUUUGAGUACAGACAAAAUAUUUUGUAUUCACUGUUUAUUGUUUAGCAUUAACAUACACGGAAUGGCAAAAGAUGGAUUUUCAACUUGGAUUAAUGGUCUUGCUCGUAUUAUAAACCAUGAAGUUUCAACUUAUCAUAUAACUUCUACAAUUAAAGUUAAAACAAGAAUAAAAUGUUUACCGUUGUUGCCUAGUAUGGAACAUAAACAUAAAUAUCAAAUAUCUAUUAACAGACAAAUAGUUUCUAAACUCAUUACAAUUGUUAUUUUUCUAGCUCAAUAUAAUUUAGGAUUUCGGGAUCAUAAUGAAAAAUGAUCUAAUGCGUUAUCAAAAGGA